AUGGCCUCCAACCCCAUCGUCCCCGGCUUCAACCCCGACCCGUCCGUCUGCCGCGUAGGCAAAGACUACUACCUCGCCACGAGCACCUUUGAGUUCUUUCCCGGCGUGCCCAUCUACCACAGCACCGAUCUCGUCAACUGGAAACUCAUCGGGCAUGCGCUGAACCGACCGAGUCAGCUGUAUAUGCGCACAGAGGUAGCGGGGGCGGGCAUCUUUGCGCCGACGCUGAGGUAUCAUAAGGGGCGGUGGUACAUGACGACGUGUUGCGUCAGGACCAGGAAUGAUGGUGUACAUGAUGAGAUUCGAGGGUUCAUCGUUUCGACCGAUGAUAUUUGGGAUGACUCGAAGUGGAGCGACCCCAUCCCUAUCGAUAUGGUCGGGAUUGACCAGGACCUCUUCUUUGACGAUGACGACAAGGUGUACCUCUGCACUUCCCGCCUCGGUCCCUCAUACGGCGGCGGCCCGCGCCAACCCUCCGGCGCCCUCUUGACAACCUACGGCGCCGAGAUCGACAUCACCACCGGCCGAAACCUCACCCGGCCCGUCAUGCUGCGCGACUCGGACCAGAUCAACCGUAUUGCCGAAGGCCCGCACAUGUACAAGCGGAACGGGUGGUACUACCUCAUGAUCGCCGAGGGGGGCACCGAGGAGCACCACCAGGAAUGGAUCUUCCGCUCCAAGUCCCCCUUGGGACCAUAUGAGCACCCACCGGAAGGGAUCAACCCGCUCGUGCACAAUGGGCCGGAGAGCACGGAGGUGAUGUGCACCGGUCACGCGGAUAUGUUUGAGGGAGUGGAUGGGAGGUGGUGGGUCACUAUGCUGGCGACGAGGCCGCAGGGGGACGGGAAAGUGGCGCAGCUGGGGAGGGAGACGUUCCUUGCGCCGGUAGAGUGGACACAGGAGGGUUGGCCGGUGUUCAACGGGAGGGAGAAGAUCGGGUUGACGGUCAAGGGGAUCGAGACGGGGCCGAAGCCUACCGAGUGGUCAGACGAUUUCAGCAGCGACAAGCUCAAUCUUGGCUGGUACUCUGUCCGUACCCCUGUCCGCCAAGAACAUUCCCUCUCCGCCCGACCCAACACCCUCACACUCUACGGCAACCCCUUCCGGAUCGACCAGCGCGAAUCUCCCGCCCUCCUCUGCCGGAAACAGCAAUACCACAGCGGGACGUGGCUCACCACGCUCGACUUUGAGCCAGACUCGGAGUAUGACGAGGCGGGGACGGCGGUCUUUUGGUCGAAUUUCAGCUUCAUCUCGAUGAUCAUCAGGAAGAAGGGGCAGGGGAGGGAGUUGGUCUUGCGAUGGAAUAGGUAUGAGGAUGAUAAGCGCGAGGAGGUCGUAACUUCACUCAAGACCGCUAAUGGCCCAAUCCAGCUCGGUUUCCGCGCCGCUCCCACUUCUUACACGCCCUUCUACCAAGAGUCCGCCGCCGACUCGCCGACCGACCUACAGACGCUUGACUCGAACGUCAUCUGCAGGAACAAGAUCUGGGAUUCGCCAUUUACCGGCACGCACUUUGCACUGUUUGCGCAGGGGGCAGAUGGGGAGGUGUGCCUCACUCCAGCCCACUUUGGGAGGACGAGCUUCGUACCUAAUUGA